AGCGAGCUGGGCGGCGGGGCGGCCGCGCAGUGUCCGGGAUCCAGGCCUGGCGGGGGUUGCGCGCGCGGCCGGCCGGCUCUGCUCGUACCCGUGUCGGCUCCCCAGCGGGGCCUCGCUCGGGCCCCCUCAUGUGACGGCGCCUCGCGGAGCCUGAGUGAGCAGCGGGUCCGUGCGGAGCCGGAGGCGGGAGGAACAUGACAUCGCGGAGAUGGUUUCACCCCAACAUCACUGGUGUGGAGGCAGAGAAUCUCCUGCUGACCAGAGGAGUGGAUGGCAGUUUUUUGGCAAGGCCCAGCAAGAGUAACCCUGGAGACUUCACUCUGUCUGUUAGAAGAAAUGGAGCUGUCACCCACAUCAAGAUUCAGAACACUGGGGAUUACUAUGACCUCUAUGGUGGGGAGAAGUUUGCCACCUUGGCUGAACUGGUCCAGUAUUACAUGGAGCAUCAUGGGCAGCUGAAAGAGAAGAAUGGAGAUGUUAUUGAGCUCAAGUACCCCCUGAAUUGUGCGGACCCGACCUCUGAAAGGUGGUUCCAUGGUCACUUGUCUGGAAAAGAAGCAGAGAAAUUGCUAACGGAGAAGGGUAAGCAUGGCAGCUUCCUUGUUCGAGAGAGCCAGAGCCACCCUGGAGACUUCGUUCUCUCCGUCCGUACCGGUGACGACAAAGGGGAGAGCAAUGAUGGCAAGUCCAAAGUGACCCACGUCAUGAUCCGAUGUCAGGAACUGAAAUACGACGUUGGUGGAGGAGAGCGCUUUGACUCUUUGACAGACCUGGUGGAGCAUUACAAGAAGAACCCCAUGGUGGAGACGCUGGGCACAGUCCUGCAGCUCAAGCAGCCUCUCAACACUACUCGUAUUAAUGCUGCUGAAAUCGAAAGCCGGGUUCGAGAGCUAAGCAAGCUAGCUGAGACAACAGAUAAAGUCAAACAGGGCUUUUGGGAAGAAUUUGAGACGCUACAGCAACAGGAAUGCAAACUUCUCUACAGUCGUAAAGAAGGACAGAGACAAGAAAAUAAAAACAAAAAUAGAUACAAAAAUAUCCUGCCUUUUGAUCAUACCAGGGUUGUCCUGCAUGAUGGGGAUCCCAACGAGCCCGUUUCUGAUUACAUCAAUGCGAACAUCAUCAUGCCUGAAUUUGAAACCAAGUGCAACAACUCAAAACCCAAAAAGAGUUACAUUGCCACUCAAGGCUGCCUGCAGAACACAGUGAAUGACUUCUGGAGGAUGGUGUUCCAGGAGAACUCUCGAGUCAUCGUCAUGACCACAAAGGAGGUGGAGAGAGGGAAGAGCAAAUGCGUCAAGUACUGGCCUGAUGAGUAUGCACUCAAAGAAUAUGGGGUCAUGCGUGUUAGGAAUGUCAAAGAAAGUGCCGCUCAUGACUAUACCUUAAGAGAACUCAAGCUCUCCAAGGUUGGACAAGCUCUACUCCAGGGAAAUACAGAGAGAACCGUCUGGCAGUACCAUUUUCGGACCUGGCCGGACCAUGGUGUGCCCAGUGACCCUGGAGGUGUGCUGGACUUCCUGGAAGAGGUCCACCACAAGCAGGAGAGCAUCAUGGACGCAGGCCCUGUCGUGGUUCACUGCAGUGCUGGAAUCGGCCGGACAGGAACAUUCAUUGUGAUUGACAUCCUUAUUGACAUCAUUAGAGAGAAAGGUGUGGACUGUGACAUCGAUGUUCCUAAAACCAUUCAGAUGGUACGGUCCCAGAGGUCAGGGAUGGUCCAGACAGAAGCACAGUACCGGUUCAUCUACAUGGCCGUCCAGCAUUAUAUCGAGACGCUGCAGCGCAGGAUCGAGGAGGAGCAGAAAAGCAAAAGGAAAGGACAUGAGUAUACCAAUAUUAAGUAUUCCCUGGUGGACCAGACAAGCGGCGAUCAGAGUCCCCUGCCACCUUGUACCCCAACACCACCCUGUGCAGAAAUGAGGGAGGACAGCGCUCGAGUCUACGAGAACGUGGGCCUCAUGCAGCAGCAGAGGAGCUUCAGAUGAGCCCUGCCGGUGGCAGCCCGCAGAUGCGAACUUUCACCCCUUCCCUAAAAAUGUCAAGACUAGAUGAGAAAGUUUCCAGGACCCACGUGUUCAGAAGCUUGCCUGCCUGGGUUGACUUUUGAGAAGCGAAGUUUGGAACCAUUUGAAGAGCAAGUGUCUAAUCGGCACCUCCCUUCCUCAGAUAAGGGGGAAACCGCUCUGUGUUAUCAACAAUGCUAUUUUCAUAGAAUUGGUUUUGAAUUGUGGAAGCAGCUAAAUUGUGCUCUGUAUUUUACACAUUAUGGGACUCAAAUUGUAGCUAUGGGCAGGAUUUUGUUUCUUUUUAUGACCUUAACUGAUCUAAUUUUCUUUUCCCCCUGUCUCUUUGGGGAAUCAUGGGCCCCUUGUGAAGAAAGGAUUUGGGGAAUUCAGGAACAGCCUCUCCGAGAAGCCAGCAGUCUGUAAACUACUGCUCAUCGUCUAUCGCCCAGGGAUUGCUUAGGGUUGCCCGUCAUUGCAGAGGCUCAGUGUUUAGUUCAGGGGCCGGGAGGCCAGGCUGCAGGGUUGCACUGGUCAGGGCCUUCUGGUGUGCCACACCGGAUGGGAAGAACAUGAGGGCUAGCCUUGCUUUUAUGGCAGAUUGAUGAUGACCCAACCAUUCCUUAGCAUCCCACCUGUCAACACCGUGGCAUUGGGAUUCUUUGCACUCCCCGCAGGUGCAUGUUGGGGUACAUUCAGUACAGAAUGACCCAGUCAAGGACAAUUCACUUUGGUAGCAAAGCAAUCAUUCAGCCUGUAAUGUGAGUCUGGAUAAACAGUCAUGGCUGAAAGCCCAUGGGCGUUGGUGGAUGAGAAGUCUUUCCUCUGAAGAUGACUCGUUGGCUUCAGUGUGGACAGAGAAAAGGUGGAAAAAGUGGCCAUGUUGUCUUUGCACUGGAGUCACCAUCUUGUAUUAGUAAGACCCCUGGGUGAGUGGCAUCUGGUCCUCUCUUGUUCCUGACUGACCCACCCCACCCAUUCCUCAGUCUUACCUGACUUGCAUGAGCCCCACUGUCCUGUGGGGUCACUUGGGGAGUUGGCAGCAUGGCCGAGACACUGAGCUUCUGUAUUACUUGUGGUGUCUUCCAGUUCUUUUCUCUUGGGUAUCUCUGUAGCCUGACUAGCAGGGUGGCUGGGCCUUUAUGUGUCCCCUAAAGCUCAAAGGCAGAAGUGGCUGGGCCUUCUUCAGAUUCAGGCCUGGAAUGACCAUGACUUCUUCCGUGACUGCCUGCAAGGGAAUCAGACUCAGCCUGAGGUGUGUAGUGGAGAUGCUGUGCUCUGGGGACCCAAGUCUGUCAGAUGACCCCAUCCUGUGCCAUGGAAACAAGCGGCUAUAGUUAGCAAGAGCCCAGGCUGUUUAUAGUAGCUGGUGUAAACUGUGGGUCAGAUAAGAAAUGUACAGUGCACAUUCUAGAAGCUUCUGAGCCAAUUUUUCUGGCACCACAUGUUGCACCAUCCUCACCUGAAGACCUGGUGUAGUAAAGGUGAGUGUGUUUGGGGACGUAUGAAAGCUCGUUCCUGAAGCACCACAGAUGGGUGAAGGUGAUGCUUCAUUGGGCCUUGGCUGAGCGAAGAGCGGCAGUCCUGGCCAGGCCUCCUGUCAGGUCCAGUCAGCCAUUUGUGCUGUAACCAAGCAGCAGGGUUUGCUAUGUUCUGCCGUAAGUGCCUUCUCCACAGACACCCCCUCUGCCUGCGUGUUAAUCGUUGAGAGCGUGUUUCACCGAAAGCAUCCGGAUUGACGCUCAUGACCAAACAGUGGCACAGCCUCCACUCACGUUCUUUUUGCUUCGGUUCCUGAAAGGAAGGACUGGACCCUGCCCUGCAAUCGCUCCUUUCUGAGGCCUCCCAUUCCCUGGCAGCCUGAGGUAGUUGGGAGCCAGGGGCAACCAUUUUCUCAGAGCAUUUGUGUUGACCCUUGUCUCUUCUCCACUGGACUCAUUGCUUCAGAGCACAGUGUGGCCUUGGCUGUGUUCCCUCAUCAGGGGAAGGUGGAGACUGCUGUCUUCUCACAAGCCUGUGACGGAGAUCAGUUCAGCAUUCACAGCCAGGAUCCCGAAUCCUAUUAUCUUAGCACAUUGUCAAAAUGAACCGUGUUGAGGAUGGCGGUAAUAUCUAGACUCUGGACUUCGGAAACAAGGUCUCUCACCAGCACACAGAGGUUGGCUGUCCAGCUGAUCUACUGAGUUCAAGUCUGCCUGCAGCUCAGGAUCCAGAGCAGAAGACCUGUUCUUAGCCCACAGAAGUGGUUUCCUUCAGGUUCCCCUCUGUAAGGAAACGGAUCUGUCAAGUGUGGUAGUUGCAGGGUCUCAGGGGAGGGUGCUCUGUGUGUUGGAGGCAAGUGUGGUGUCUGGGAAGGUGAAGUGGUGGGGGUGUGGAUUUGAAACAAUGGGAGUGAAAGUUGUCGAGGUGGUUCAUGGGCAAGUUGGAGGGCACAGAGUGACAGCAGGUCCCCUCCCUGCUGAGCCUUUUAAAUUAGAAACAUAGGAUUUUAUACUUGGGGCAAAUCACCUUGGGGUUUCUAGAAAGCCACACUUAACAGUCUUAGUAAGAGGCUUGCCACACUGGUGUGCACCCUAGUGAUGCCCCAGGUGGCCUCUGCCGUGCAGUUGGUGCCUUCCUAAUGGUGAAGCUGGGGUUAGAAAAUGCUGAGGGGUGACGUCAGCUAUGUUUUUACAGAGCUGGUGGCCUUCAGUGGCUCAGAAGUAGUCAGCGUUAUUUCUAGGGUGUUUGCUGGGAGUUCAAGAACAUGAGCAUUGUUUUCCUGUGCAGAGACUGAGGCAGGUGCACUUGUGAGGUGUUCUGUAGGUGUGAUCCUUAGGGAACAGACUCCAGGCAGAAGUGCAAGCCCGGGGCAGGCUUUGCUCCUGUCGGUUGUGGGGUCUCUUUAUAGCACACAGUCGCCCUGGCUUCAGACGCCUUUCUUAGGGUCUGUGCUAGUCCCCCUUUGGUAAGAUAAGCUCCUGAGUGGAGUUCAUCACACCCCCAUCACGAGCAGCCUGCCGCUUCUGGGCGGGCAGGGCACAAGUGAAAGCAGAGAGCAAUUGCUGUUGGUGCUGUAGAACUUGGCUGUGCAUCAAACUAAUUUUCACCAGUGUUCCUCCUAAACCUCGACCAUGGAAUUAAUAAUUUGCCUGUUUAUUUAUGACCUAAUUGUGACUCUUUUAUUAAUAAAGCUGAUGGGAAAGGCUCCUCCCUGAGGCUGAUGAGUAGACUCACAUUUAACUUCCCCACAGUGUAUGAAGCAUCAGGCAGAGUAUUACAGAAAUAUAGUAUUUUAUUGAUAAACCUGUCCUUUAAAAGGAACAUGUUUUGGGGUGUCAUCAUUUUGGUGUGAAUCAUGUAAAUGUUGGCUGUUUAUUACACUUGAGUGGCAGGACACGCACUCAGCUGCUGUUCUGCUCACACAUACCAUGUAGUCUGCAGUUUUUAAAGUGACAUUAACAGAAUAGUUCAGGUAGGGAAACCUCAGAGGUCAUCACCUCCCCACUUGUCAUGAGUGUCAGCUGCUUUCUUAGCUGAAGUCAUCAGAGUAUAUCUGCAUAUACUCCAUGUAUCACCAGAGGCAGUGUAUUUGUGAGCUGUCUGCAACUAAAAAUUAGAAUAAAACCAUUUUCUUGUA